AUGACUCAACGAGUCUCUUCUUCUUUGUCAUACAUCGCGGAGCCGCCAGAUCUCUCCAAAAUUUCCGAACCACAGUUGGUUGUCUCGUUCAAAAACCUCCUGAAAAAGGAUGCUACCACGAAAACGAAGGCUCUAGAGGACCUGCAAGGCCUCCUAGGUGCGCAAGAUACCCGAAGUGGGAGUUUGGAAGAUGGUCUCAUUGAAGUUUGGAUAAAAAUAUAUCCACGUAUGUCAAUAGAUAUUUGUCGCCGGGUUCGACAACUUGCCCAUGUCAUUCAAGGUCUUUUUGUAUCAUUAUGCGGGAGGCGAAUAGCUCCGUAUAUUUCAAGGGUAAUUGGCGCAUGGCUCGCCGGCCUCUACGAUAGCGACAAACUAGUGUUCAGAGCUGCUCAAGAAUCAAUUGUCAGAGCUUUUCCUACGGAAGAGAAGAGGCAAAGCCUGUGGAGAGUCUACCGAUCAUCAAUUUUCGAAUUUGUUAUCGAUGCUGUCCUAGAGCAAAGCCCCCAGACUCUAAGCGAUCAGCGGACUGUUAGGCCAGAUGAAGCCGAAGCAAAGCAUGCCCGGGUUGUCUCAACGGCACUACAGGUUCUCAAUCAACUUCUCGCUAAAUCAUCGACUGUCCAACUGGACAAGGAUUCCGAUUUUAUCACGACUCUUAUUACCAGCAAGUCGCUUUGGUCAUUUUCAUAUCAUGAAGAUCCAUUUGUUCGCCGAUCUACCUAUGAUUUGCUUCGGACUUUGCUUUCAGUGGAGAGAGAUUUGAUCGAAUGGAGAACUGUUAGCAAUUGUUUUUUGUCAAAGGCUCUUCCGAAGAACCAACUAGGCUCUGCUAUUGACUUCUCUAAUGUUCUGUUAACUUUGACUAAAGAGCGUCCACAAUUAUGGACGUCAGACUAUUCUGGGAAAGUCUCUGCAACAAAACGACUCUACCAGUAUAUCAAAAAGGGCUCGGAAGGGGCUAAUGCUGCUUAUUGGGAAAACCUGCAUAUACUGCUAAAGUCUAUUCCCUUCGAAAUCUUGAUUAGGCAACCAGUCAGCGAUGACAGCACUAUACAAGAUGCAAACCAGUUAAUGGAAACCAUCCACGAUUCAGUUCUAAGCCGGGAAGAGCAAGGAGGUAAUCUCGGAGCUGCCUGGUCAUGUUUUAUUGACACAGGAUUUUGGAUAUCUUCUUUUGUCUCAGAUAAAGUCGCUCUCCAAAAAUUCCUCAAAAGCCAAAUUUCUCCUAUUUUAGAACAGUAUAUCCUUGGCCUGCCUGAUAACUGCCGGUGGUCGCUCAAUGGCAAAUUCGCGGUAGAGUUGUGCGCAAAAACAUUCAUUCUUUUGGCGGAACACACUGGAGCAGAGAUCCUCCAUGGCCUAUGGAUGAGUCUGUCCGACAGGUUGAUCCAAACAGUCAAAUUGUCGUCCCCGGAAAAAGCCAGCGGCUUUAAGGAUUCCCAAGAUUCAAUUUGUGCCCAAGCGAAGCGUCUCUUUGAACUGGAAGGGCAGGUUUUGACCCAAAUAACACAAACCAGCAGUCUGUCGUUCAUUCCAAGCAUUUUCCAGGAUGCUGGCACUCCGUUACUCCAAGCUUCGCUGGAGCUUUUGAGAUCUCGCAAUGGAAAACCGUAUGGAGCUGCUUCAAUGAUUGAUGAGGCUCUCUCUAGAGUCCCUGAUAUUGCCACCCAGGUCGAGGGACUAGGAACAUUUCUCAUUGAAGAUAUUGCGCAACUUCUGUUCUCCCCCGCAGCGGAUCGUCUAAUUUCUGUUCUAUUUGGAUCUCGUGGCAAGAAAGGCUUUGAAGGUGGCCUCAAAAAUUCCAUAGAUGCUUUCCUGGAUACGGACCUUGGAAGCUCAGCAUUACCUGGACUCCAAAAAUUAUUUUCAUGCAUCACUUCCCCCGAUAUUGAAGCACACCCAAACUUGGAACUUUUAAUCAUGAAGGAUUUAAACAGAGCAUUACAUAAUACCCGCGAAGCAUGGAUGGAAAUCAUUGUUCUGAUCAAAAACCGAGCCUCACGAAAUGAGAUCGCCCAUCGGAUUUUGAAUUCCUUAGUCUAUAGUCUGUCAUCCCAGAAGAACAUCCGGGAGGUUUUGUACGGUCUUUUCCAGAUAGCCUUAGAGUGCCCUGAGGUUAUUAGAGAAUUUGUGAAUAGUCCUGAUGGCUCACAGAUGGUUUCCAAAAUAUUGUAUAUCGCUGAGUCUUCAACCGAUGAAGUUGCUCAACUUGCUGGUUCCUUGCAAACACAUAUUAGAGAUAUAAUAAAAGGAGAGAGUGCGACCAGGUCGUCUAUUGACAUCGUCCAGCAGAACUUUAACAAUGUUGGAAUGGAAUCGCUAUCCAUUGAUGCUUUGGUCGAUGUUGCAGGUGAGGUCCUUGCAAAAUCGUCUGUGGAGGACAAACCUAGGAUAUUAUCUCGUUUACUGCCAACUCGAGAUCAAUGGGAACAAGCGUUAGAUCCAUUCCUUCGGAGACCACUGAAGGCGUCUGCUUCCAUAAGUAAGGUGCUUGCGGGAGCAGUGUUUCUGGCCGAUACGUCAUUUCCUGAAGGCUUCUCCCAGGAUAUCGAUUCGGUUCCCCGCGACUCCUACCGUUUCUCUUCUGGGUUUCGCCUGACAUUCUACGUUACCAAAGUGCUGUCGUCAACUAGCCUGGAAUUUAUCGAGCAAGCUUCCCGUGAAAUAUUGUUCUUCUACUUACCUCUUGCAACCCAACUGGUUAAUGAUGAUGUAAGCCUGGAAGGCCCGAAGGGCUUUUUUGACCGUGACAUGCCAGAUAUUCGAGAUGAGUCUGCAGAGUUAGUUUCAGAAGCUCGACUGAUAAUUAAAGGCUGGCUUCUAUCUGCCACGCUGGUAACUGGGCAAGAAAAGCCCGCUCCUUCAAAUAUUUUUGAUUUAUGGGAAAAGCAGUUCGGGUCAAUGCAAGGGACGUCUCCGAAAUCAUACAAUAUAGCAGAGACUUUUGCAAGGAUCGUCGCCGAACGUGAUUCUUCAGGGACUGCGCGAUCUGCCGAAUCUUUCUUGACGCGGGCAAAACAGAUAGAAGGACCUUCGAACCCCUUCGUUUUAGCUUCAGUUGUUGCAGCGUUCAGAGACUUUAUAGCAGCCACUCCAUCUGGCGUUCGAUUGUGCAAUGAACUGAUUUCCGAUUCCACUGGGUUUAAAUCUGAGAAUGCGUCUGAAGGACUUCGUAAGAUCGUAACCCUCAACCUUCUCAUCAGCGGAGAGAGUAAUAUUGCUCAGAGCGUUCAAAAGCCUCGGCUUGUGUUUCUGGUGAAGCACUUGGUCGAUUGCUUACAGUCGCAAUCCCCACCACAGGGUUUGGUUUCGGAAAUCCUCAAAUUGCUUGUUAACAUUUUGCCAUUGAUCAGAGAGAUAUACGGAUCUCACUGGUCAGAUGUAUUUGACUUCCUCCAAAAUUUAUGGGAUGACAUUGAAAUAGUUGACGAAUCUCUUCCUGUGCUAUACUCCUCGUUACGACUUUUCGCUUGCUUAAAGUCUCUAGCGACAGGAGAAAGCAACGAUGACUUGGUGGAUGCAUGGACUGCCUCCCGGAAGAUACAUUCACCGGCAUUGAUCAGGUUACUCGCAGAGUUUGACUCUUCAUUGAGCUAUGACGAGCCCCUCAAAAUCACAGCCAAUAUUCUUGCCCGUCAAAUAUCAGGACUACCCAUUGACCACGUCGAGGAUAUCAAUGACCUUUUCUCCAUCCUCUCAGCGCCUAAUAGAGAUAUCCAACGUGCUGCGUACGACGUCCUGCAUCGGGCGAUCCCAAAAUUGCAGGAGGCAGUGACCCUGAAUGUUGCGUUGUCAGACGCCGUAGCCAGUCUCCCGGAUGAAUUGAUUUCUCUCCUUUUGGAAGUCCCUGCCAUAAAUAUUAUAACUCAGGCUAAAGAUGAUGACCGAAUAUCACCUCUCAUUAUUGAGGACUCGCUUCGGAAUGUCAACGAGUGGUUCUCGGCCCAAAAUUUUACUAACGAAGAUCAGCCGCUGCAGGUGAAAGUAUCUCGUCGGGCCGCUGAAAUAAUUGCGAGCGUUGAAGUGGAUGAAGAUUCGCCACCGACUUCAGUUGCUAUAUAUUUACCAUCAACAUAUCCAUUACAGCAAGCUGUAGUAGAAGGCCGCGCCCGCGUUGCGGUGGACGAAAAGAAAUGGCGGAGCUGGCUUCUAACGAUCCAAGGGGUUAUUAUGUUUUCCAACGGCAACCUUGUCGAUGGCUUGCUUGCAUUCCGCAGGAAUGUCCAAGGCGCGUUGAAGGGACAGAGCGAAUGUGCUAUUUGCUAUUCGGUCAUCUCUGCAAACAUGCAAACGCCCAACAAGAGUAUUUUAUUUUAUUUGCUUCCAUCCUUUUGCCGAUUAAAGACUGGAUUGAUGACAUCUGUUACCCUUGAUGAUAUCAGCAGGGAACAAAAAACCCCACCAAACCCUCACACAGCGUCCAUGUCAGCACCUCAGAUCCCCAACUUAAACACUCUUCGACGGGGAGCUGGUAGAGGCCGCUUUAGGGGCCGCGAGAGAUAUGAGGCAACUACCAGCCAUUCGGGAGACACGAUGGCAAAGGAUCGGAUCAUUCAGCGAACGGACAAUGAUGCCAGUGUUUCUAGGCUCAGCGCAGUGGAGCUAGGAUAUCUCCAUGAUCCUUUUGCACAUGCUCUAGUGAACAGUGAGGCAAUAGGUUCAAAAAGAUAUCCGAUAAUCAAUAGAGGAACCUACGUGCGAACAACCGCCUUGGACUCCCUUGUAUACCGUUUCCUAAACACAAACGAGAAACCAACUCGAAAGAGGCAGAUCAUAUCACUUGGUGCAGGCUCAGAUACGCGUGUAUUCCGCUUACUCUCCAAAGACCCGACCCUUGAACUGCUAUACCACGAGCUAGAUUUCCCAACCAACACAACUGCGAAAAUAAAAGCCAUCCGCUCCUCGCCGCUCCUACGCAAAACCAUAGGGAUACAUGGGCCAGACGAUGCAAAUGUAUCGGCCAAUGGCGAUGCUCUGCAUUCGAGAUACCUUCACGUCCAUCCAGUCGAUCUACGGACGCUGUCGCCUUCCAGCUCACCCAACUUACUGCAAGGCUUAGAUAGGACCCUGCCAACGUUACUUAUAUCCGAAUGUUGUCUGAUUUAUCUUUCACCCACCAAUGCCAUCGAUGUGCUCUCCUACUUUACGCAGACAGUUUUUCCACCUUCCGAAACGUUGGCGACUGUUACAUCCACACCAGCACUCGACUCCCCACCAACACUCUCAGCCUCUUCGAUACCCCUAGCCUUGAUACUCUACGAGCCGAUACGGCCCGACGACCCGUUUGGGAGAACGAUGGUGGCCAACCUUGCAACGAGGGGUAUCCAUCUGCAAACUCUACAUCGCUAUGCGUCAUUAUCGGCCGAGCGAGAAAGGCUGCUCGAGCAUGGGUUUGUGAGCGGCCAGGGGGCGGCAGAUGUGGAUUUCAUAUGGGAACGAUGGAUCAGCGAGGAGGAAAAGGAGAGAGUGGCUGGGUUGGAGAUGCUUGAUGAAUUCGAGGAGUGGAAAUUGUUAGCCAGCCACUAUUGUGUGGCAUGGGGUUGGAGGGAUGGGAAGGGGGCUAGCUCAGAAGGAGAGGUGUUUGAAGGGUGGAAGACACUGGAGGGGCAGUGAUUAGAGCUGAGAGAUGCAAGGAGGAUCUGGAUGAAGUCCUCGAGCGCUAUUGAUUUAUAACUAUAUGUUUGAUUUGGGAUCUUGUGCGCUCUUUUGCCAGGCGUACAGAACGGACAUGCGAUUUCCCCUUUCAUAUACUUUGUGCUAAAUGCAACCUUAUUGUCGAGUCCUUGGAUCUGGUGAUUACGAAUGCACUGUCCGUUUUCCGGUGGCACAGCUUGCUGGAUAUGAC